CAAUACUUCCUGAUUUGUUGGCCUGGAAUAAUUAGCUACAUGAAUAGAUUAUAAAUUAUUAUUUUCCCAAAAGAAACUGAAACCUUUGGGCUUUAGAUGUGCGUCCAUUUAGGGUGCCAUUUUGGACAGUACUUCAAACGUGUCGCAUUUAAUCUAGUAUCCCAUUUUUCCCAAGAGAAAGGACCUAUUUUAUACAGUUUAUGGAAUGGACUCGCGAAUAGAUAUUACGGGAGUUGUAGUUUAAAAAGCAAUUUACCAUUCCACCGGCCAUGUAGUAACGUUGCCGUGGCAAGGAGCGAUUCGAGUUUCACUUACACCAGGACUGCCCAUCCGUUUUCCUGGAGAUCUAUCGUCCUGUGGGUUUUCAUUUCAACCCCAAUUUGGCACACCUGAUUCUACUAAUUGGCAGCUCAAAGAAAUCCCUAGCUGUUGAAUGAGAGAUGGCAGAGGAGGAGAAAGGGGAGGAUGUUGUUUCGGAGUUCCUACGCCAGAACCAGCACCUUGCAGAGUGGGUGGAGUCGCUAAGGGGUCACUGUGAGACCAACAAACAGUGGAACGCCAGACGAGAGUUCAUCCUGCGUAAUAUGGAGGCCUUUCCCACCAUACAUCCAGGCCAGCCUAGUUCCAGUCUGGACAGAUUGCUGUCUCUCUCCAUGGUGUGGGCAAACCAUGUCUUCCUGGGCUGCAAAUAUCCCCAGCCUGUGAUGGAGAAGGUUAUGGAGAUGGCAGAAGGGGUGGUUGUUCACGAGACUCCUGUCCGAAAAACAAGGGAUGAGAUCAUGGGAAAAGGAAAGAGGAGUGUCGCAUCAGACGGGGAGGCUGACGGCUCGCAGAAGAGGCUGAAGGCAGGGGGCAGCGACCCGGAAAACCGCGGGGCCGGAAGGGCCGGGGGACGCACCGGGGCUGCCGGGGCCCUCAAACCGGGGCCCCCGCCGCAGGCCGCGACAGAACACCAGCCUUUCUUCAACCGGCUGUACAAGACCGUGGCCUGGAAGCUGGUGUCGGCGGGCGGAUUCGGCCCGAACCUGGACCACUUCGAGAUCCUGCGGGCCUGCGUGGAGGCGGCCAAGGCCAGCCUGAGCUGCACGUUCGUGCCCCUGCGGGACAUCCCCGACCUGCCGGCCAGCCGGACCCAGCGGGAGGGCCAGGUCUGUGAGCUGCGCUGCCUCACGGUGUACAUGGGCACGGGCUAUGGGCGGGACGAGGACGCCGCCCGCGCCAUGGCCUCCAAAGAGGCGCUGAAGAUCUUCCAGGGCCGCAAAGUGACCGUGCGGGUCUGCCGGCGGCGCUUUCGCGGGCAAGACGUCGAGGACCUGGUGCUCCACGACGAGCAGACCAGGAGCUCUGGCCUUCCCCCUGCACUCAGCUACCCCUUCCAACCAGAGCCCUCCACUUCUGUGUCCUAGCCCCGCCCUGCGAUACCCCCGCUACAGCCUAAAUAGAAUAUGGGCACGGCCUUGCCACGUUCUGCAAGGGUGAGAUCAGGCAUAGCUACAGCCAGCCAAGAGAGUGCUAUUGGCUGCUGAAAACAAUGAGCGACUCCUAUUGGUUGCUUAGUGCAGUGAUUAAACUGUACCCAAAGAAAUGGUGAAGGGUCACAUUCAGGGAUUUUCUGGUACCAAGAGUAGAAAUUAAUAGAUUUUAUUAGAAUGCAGCUGGACAGGAUGAAAAUGAGCUGUUUGGAAAGAGCUUUCCUGUACAGUAACAUCGGCAGGUAUUCAUGCAGCUGACCAAAUAUUUAAAGGACUGAUAGUUCCUUAAUUCCCUCUGUACACAGCUGUGCAGCUGAGAUUAAGCAGUUUGUCACACAUGUAUGGUUGCUCUGCAUUAGUCUGAAAAUUUGCAUUUAUAAAUGUAUUGCAAAGUUUGUGUAUUUUUUAUGACCAGCAAAGUUAGAUGAUCUUGUCCAAGUACAUGUACACCAUGAUAAAUCUACAAAACCUGGACAAUUAGAUACUAAGCUAGUUGUAAGACAUUGGUUAUGCAGACUGCAGUGUAUAAUGGUCAUUGUGAAAGAGAGAGUGUGUGGGCAUAUGUGUGAAAGCUGGAGGGAUCAUAUCUUAACACAAAAGGGCAAGAAGUCAGUGCACACAGCAAUAGCACUCACUGCAUCUUUUUCAGUUCAUAAGAUGAUGGGAAUUUGAGUUCAAAUUUGCAUUUAUAAAAUGUUCCUAAAGUUUUCUUUUUGCAUGUUUCUGAAGGAAUUCUGUGAACUUGGUUAAGAAGUGUGCUUCAUUUGAGACUGUUUGUGUGACAAAUGGUGAGUCUUUUUCUGAAUGAGUUUUUGAUGUCAUGGGGAAAGUACAGGCGCGCAGUUCUCUCGCCUGUCUUCCUAAUGUUAGAAGGUGCACUCGGGAAAACAUUGUUUUCUGCUGUUCUUUUCAGUGUGUACUGUAGACUGCUGUGUUUUGCUUUCUGAUUAGAAUUUUUUCACAGUGAAUUUAACCCCCCUGCUUUGUGGUGUUGUAUACAUAAAAUGGGUUCAAUAAUGUUUUGCUUUGGUUUCAAGCUAAAAUGAGGGGAAAGAUGGUGGUGUAGUUAAGAUAUAAGAAACAGAUGUGCUGAAGUGUAUGUGAGAGGCUUAACCCACACGACUGUGCAGUAGGUUACGCCCUUGCCUCGCGCCUACGCCUGUGCGUGUUUGUGUGCGCUUGUGGUCCAUGGUCACACCCCUCUGUGCACUCAUACAGGCGGUGUUCUCUGCGUUCACAUCUCUGAACACUUCAGGUCUUUUAUUUUGCUGGUGUUGUCAUUGAGCAGAGCAGGGCUCAGGCAGAGUUUGUCUGUUUGCUGUGUAAACCUGCUGUAGUUUUCCUCAUGCUCUGUAUGUCAUGUUCAACAUGCCAAUGUGUAAUCACAUAACCAUAUCACUGCACAGUACUGUACACUGCACACUUUGCUCCUGUUUCUAUAUUUUGUAAAUAAACUGUUUAAAAGAU